AUGGGCCAGAGUACAGUCCACCAGAGUCUCAGGGCCAGAGCCCACAGCCCGCAGGGCAGCCCACACCACCAUGUCCUCUCUUCCCCACAGUUUCCCCGCUUCCCUCCUCUCCACUCCCCCUCGCCGCGCCGUCACCGUCCGCCGCCUCCCCUCCUCCCCAUGGACACCCCGCCGUCCACCUCCGCCUCGGCCGCAACCGCGUCCGACCCGGACGCGGCACUCGUCGCGGCCGUGGCGGACGCGCUCGUAUCGGCGUCCCGCCUGCCCGCCCCGGUGCCCAUGCCCACCCUCCUGGCCGCCUACCUCCCGCGCCUCACCGCCUCCCACCACCCGCGCGUGCUCGCCGUCGCGGCCUCCAACCCGGCGCUCGCCUCGCCGGAGUCGCUCCUCGCCUACCGCAGCUUCCUCUCGCCGCCCUCCUGCCUGCCCUCCCUCCUCCCGCUCCUCCCCGUCCUCCCCUACCGCCACCUCUUCCCGCUGCUCCUCUCCUUCGUCCCGCUCGACCCGCUCCGCCACCUCCACCGGCACCUCCUCGGCCACCUCCCCUCGACCCCUCUCGCCGACGCCGCGCUCUGCGCCUACUCCCGCCUCCGCCUCCCCCACCUCGCCGCCCAGCUCCUCCACUCCCUCCGCCGCCGCAUCCGCGUCCGCCCCUCCCUCCAGGCCGCCAACGCCGUCCUCUCCGCGCUCGCGCGCAGCCCCUCCACCUCCCCGCAGGCCUCCCUGGACGCCUUCCGCUCCCUCAUCGCGCUCCGCCUCCACCCCAACCACUACACCUUCAACCUCCUCGUGCACACCCACUGCUCCAAGGGCACCCUCGCCGACGCCCUCGCCACGCUCUCCACCAUGCAAGGGUUCGGCCUCUCCCCCGACGCCGUCACCUACAACACGCUCCUCCACGCGCACUGCCGGAAAGGCAUGCUCGGUGAGGCGAGGACUCUGCUGGCGAGAAUGAAGAAAGAGGGGAUCACGCCCACGCGGCCGACGUACAAUACCCUUGUGUCGGCUUACGCGAAGCUGGGGUGGAUUAAGCAGGCGACCAAGGUCUUGGAGGCCAUGACGGCCAACGGGCUGGAGCCUGACCUGUGGACGUACAAUGUGCUUAUCGCUGGGCUGUGCCAGGCAGAGAAGGUGGAUGAGGCGUUUAGGCUGAAGGAUGAGAUGGAGCGGCUCGGCACUUUGUUGCCUGAUGUAGUGACCUACAAUACACUCGCUGAUGCGUGCUUUAAGUGGAGGUGUUCGUCUGAUGCACUGAGGCUGCUCGAGGAAAUGCGUGAGAAGGGGGUGAAGCCGACUUUGGUCACACAUAACAUUGUUAUCAAGGGGCUUUGCAAGGAUGGGGAAUUGGAGGAGGCGUUGGGGUGUUUCAAGAAGAUGGCAGAUGAAGGUUUAGCACCAGAUGUGAUCACGUAUAAUACGUUGAUUGAUGCAUACUGCAAGGCUGGCAAUGUCGCCAAAGCAUUUGCACUAAUGGAUGAGAUGGUCGGUAGGGGACUCAAAUUGGACACCUUCACGCUUAAUACCGUGCUAUAUAAUCUGUGCAAGGAGAAGCGUUAUGAAGAGGCUCAAGGGCUGCUACAAUCUCCAUCCCAAAGGGGUUUUGUGCCCGAUGAAGUCAGCUAUGGCACAGUGAUGGCAGCCUACUUCAACGAGUAUAAUCCGGAGCCUGCUCUGCGUCUGUGGGAUGAGAUGAUUCAGAGGAAGUUGACACCAACUAUUUCGACUUACAACACAUUGAUCAAGGGGCUUGGCAGAAUGGGGAGGUUGAAAGAGGCGAUUGAUAAGUUGAAUGAGCUCAUGGAGAAGGGGUUGGUACCAGAUGACACCACGUACAAUAUCGUCAUCCAUGCCUACUGCAAGGAAGGGGACUUGGAGAAUGCCUUCCAGUUCCACAACAAGAUGGUGGAAAAUUCCUUUAAGCCAGAUGUUGUUACUUGCAACACUUUGAUGAAUGGACUGUGUCUGCAGGGGAAGCUUGACAAAGCAAUGAAGCUCUUUGACUCAUGGGUAGAGAAAGGGAAGAAGGUUGAUGUUAUCACAUAUAACACCCUAAUACAUGCUAUGUGCAAAAAUGGGGAUGUUGAUGCUGCUUUGCAUUUUCUCGCUGAUAUGGAGGUCAGAGGAUUGCAGCCUGACGCGUUUACCUACAAUGUUGUGUUAUCUGCACUAUCUGAAGCAGGGAGACCAGAAGAAGCGCAUAGUAUGCUGCAUAAGUUAUCUGAGAGUGGAAAAUUGUCUCAAAGCUUUUCUUCUCCCCUCUUGAAGCCUUCUUCUGUAGAUGAAACAGAGUCAGGGAAGGAUCACGAGGGUAAUACUGAGGAAGAAACUGGUGGAAAUCCACAAGAUAGUGCUCUGGAGGCCUACACGAAACGCGUAAAUGAGCUAUGCACCGGUGGGCAAUUCAAAGAAGCUAAGGCCAUUUUGGAUGAGAUGAUGCAAAAGGGAAUGUCUGUUGACAGUUCAACGUAUAUAACUUUGAUGGAAGGGCUUAUCAAGAGGCAGAAAAGGCAAACACAUGCAGCUGGGUAG